AUGGAGAUUAGUGGUAGAACAUCAACUGAGCAAAUCAAGACAAUUAACGAUGUUUCACUUGAUAUUUACGAGCUAGCAAAGUCAGUGAGAAGUGAACUGGAAAUCUUGCAUCCGUUAUCUGAUGACUGUUGUAUCUAUAGAGUACCUAAGCUACUUCGCCAGUUAAACGAGAAAACCUACACACCUCGAGCAGUCUCCGUUAGACCACUUCACCAUGGCAAACCAGAAUUAAGACCGAUGGAAGGACAUAAAACAAGGUACAACGAUUUUCUUGAAUGGAGUGAGAAAGAUUUGGAGGACUAUAUUGAACUUGUUAAAGAUCGCGAGAUCAGAUUGCGCAAUUAUUUUCUAAGACUUUAUCAACAGCCUCCAAAGUUGCAGAACAGAAAGAAAAUCAAGAAGCCAACAGUACCUAGUGUCGCAGAGCUCCAUCAAGCUGGUGUCCCGUUCGAGUUGGGUUCAGGCAAAAACUUGCUCAACAUAAAAUUCCAGAAGGGGAUUUUGGAAAUUCCAUCGCUGCAAAUUGAUGACAGCACAGAAAUAUUACUGAGAAAUUUGAAAGCAUUUGAACAGUGCCUUUGA